AUGGAUUCGAGCUCAGCGAUCAAGCCUCUUCCCGACCUCCGCACCCAUACAGACGACUGGACUGGUGUGACUUUGAGGCACAAGAGAAAGCGGAGACAGAAUAGGCUCAAUCAAAGAGCAUGGCGUCGGAGAAAGGCUACUCAGGAUACAUCGGAUGAACGGACUGCUACAGCAGCAUCUACUCGCACUUCUCACGAUGAUUCGGUGGUGUUGAGAGACACUUGCUCUUCAAUCUUUUCCGGAGUACUGACAAUUGGCGGCGGUAUCUUACUAAUACCCGAUAAAUGCGAGGCGGAGAGACUUCGAAACUUGAUACAGCAGUCUCUCGAGGACUAUUCACUACAAACUCUGCGCCCAUCCAACUUACACAUCAUUAUCCGCCUAAAUGUUCUGAACGCCAUAGCCGAUAACGCCACUAUAAUCGGGUUUCCGAAAGAAAGUCUAUGCCGCGACGAGUUCAUAUCGCCCUUCUGCCAGAUCGGCCCAAUCCGAAUACCCUCCUCCAGCUGUCCCACGAGCCUUCGACCAACGUCGCUGCAGCGGUCGACUGCACAUCAUCCCUGGAUAGACCUGUUCCCUUUCCCAAAGUUCCGCGACAAUGUCAUUUGUGGUGUGCAAAAAGGAUUGCUCGAUGAUGAUGAGCUGUGCGGUGACUGUUAG